UCAAUCAUCUCCGCAGCAGCUUUCCUUGCUGCCGCCGCACCUGUGGCCCAGGCCUCCAAGGCCUACGUUCACAACAAGUGUGACUUCCCAGUCCACGUUUGGUCGGUGGAUACAGAUAAGGCCCCGGGUGAUUCGACCCAGAUCGAAAGCGGCGGCGACUACAACGAAGAGUGCCGCUCACCCGAAGCCGGCGGUGUCUCAAUCAAGAUCAACAAAGAAGACCAGCUUGCCGGGCAAAUCGCCCAGUUCGAGUACACCGUCGGUGGUGAAAUGGCCGGUCACCUGUGGUAUGAUCUUUCCUUCGUCGACUGCCAGAACGACGACUGCCCAUGGAUGAAGUACCCCAUGUACAUGAACAGCGGGGAAGGCUGCCCCGAGGUCAAGUGCGCCGCCCACGAAGUGUGCGCCGGUGCAUACAACAAGUGGAAUGACGACUGGGCGUCCCGCUCCUGCCCUGAGGGAGCGGACAUCCAUCUCUACCUCUGU